ACGAAGUAUGCGAUCGCCGAAAAUUGAAGAUUACAUGAAAAAUGCUGAUGGGACAAUGUCGAGAGCCGAAGAACACCGGGUACGGAGCUCCAUCACCUCGUAUCAUCGGCAUCGGCUGCAACGGCAUCGGCAUCGGUGGAAAGGAUGCUCCCAUCGGCAAAUUUCCGUAUCAAGUUUCAUUGAGAUAUAACGGUAAACACUAUUGCGGUGGAUCUAUCCUCAAUAAUCGUAACAUAUUAACCGCAGCACUUUGUGUUGGAAGGUUUCGGGAUCGGUUAAAUGAUCUUAAUAAUCUAAAGGUCCAUGUUGGAACAAACUUCUUGAACGAAUCAGGAGAUGUUUAUGACGUAGAAAGUGUUAGCAUCCACGUUAUUCAUUCAUUGUCAGACAGUGAUGACAUCGCCUUAGUUCAUCUUAAAACUCCUCUGAAAUACAGCACGCUAGUGCAACCG